AUGGGGGAAACUGGAAAAUUCUCACCAAUUUGUUGGAAUUCAAAGAAGAUUCGCCGGGUAGUGCGUAGCACUUUAGCUGGGGAAACACUUGCCAUGACCGAUGGCAUCGAUUCUGCAAUGUUCAUUUCAACUUUGUAUUUGGAACUGACAGGUAGUGAUAGUAGAUAUACCAAGUUGCCACUUGUUUGUGUAACUGAUUGUAAGUCUUUGUAUGAAGCUGUUAAAUCCACUAAACUAGUCAGUGAAAAACGACUACGUAUAGAGGUUAGUGGUAUAAGGGAACUGAUUGAAAGCAAUCAGGUUAAAGAGUUUAUAUGGUCUGAAAGUAAAAAUCGACUUGCAGACUGCCUCACUAAGAGAGGUGCUUCUCCGCUGGUGUUAUGGAAG